AUGCCUUUUAUUACCUCGACCAAGUUAGACCGCAAGGGCCUCCAGGCCAAGACUGCGUCCUUGGCCAAAGAUGUGCUUGCCGCCUACACCCUGCAAGCCUCGAGCGCCUCCAAGGCUGCGCCGGAGACCGAUUUGGAGGAGCGUCUGCAGAAGAUCUGGGCCGGCGUUUUGAAUGUCCCCGCUGAGACGGUUGGACGCGACGAUAAUUUUGUGCGCAUGGGCGGAGACUCGAUUGCUGCGAUCAGGCUUGUCAAUAAUGCGCGUGCCGAAGGGAUCCUCUUGCAGGUCAAGAAGAUCUUUGAAGAGCCGCGACUUUCGGGCAUGGCUGCCAUGGCAGUUGAGGUGGAUGUCGACGAUGCGGCCGAGACUGAAGAUUCGGCCAUUGCGCCUUUCAGCUUACUGCCAAAAUCCCUUCGCGAGCUCGCGCGCAGUGACGAUGUGCGCCAGCAAUGCAACUUGUCGCGGGACCAGGUCGUGGAAGACGCCUACCCAUGUUCUCCUUUGCAAGAAGGUUUGAUGGCUCUGGCUGUCAAAAACCCAGGAUCAUAUAUUGCCAAGUGGAUCUACCGGCUGCAGAAGGAUGUGGACGUGCGUCGCUUCAAGAUUGCUUGGGAGCGUACGGUGGAAGCCUGCACAAACCUGCGGACGAGGAUCAUACAGAUGCAAGGUUCGACCACGCAAGUUGUUGUCAAAAACGACUUCUCGUGGGAACCUACAGAUGGCAUGACCCUCCGCGCGUUUGUCAAGAGCACAGAGUCUAUCACUAUGGGCUUUGGCUCGAGGCUCAACCGCCAUGCACUUGUUCGUGGAUCUGACGGCGAGCACUACUUUAUCUGGGUCGGUCACCAUACGGUAUAUGACGGGUGGACCAUCAGCCUUCUCCUGAACACAUUCAAGGAUGCCUAUAACGCCACAUCCGACACCGCCUUGGCUCCCUAUGCGUCGUUCAUCAACUAUGUCAAGACACUCGAUCCUGCAGAGACCAUGGAGUACUGGCGCCAACAACUCCACGGUGCCAACCGCGCGGCUUUCCCUCCUAACCCCAAGCCCACAGACCAUUCUGCGGACGCAAAUGCUCUGACAAAGACGUACAGCAAGCGGAUCGACUUCCCAGACCUCGACGACGACUCGAUCACCAAGGCCACGGUGCUACGUGCAGCUUGGGCUCUACUGAUCUCGAGGUAUUCCGAUUCGGAAGAUAUCACUUUUGGAUCGACUGUUUCAGGUCGCCAGGCACCGAUCACUGGCAUUGAAAACAUGCCCGGACCUGCCAUUGCAACAGUCCCCGUGCGUGUGACAGUCGACCAGACCCAGCCCACCGCCAAUUUCCUCGUCGGCAUCCAAGAGCAAGCCCUCGACAUGGUUGCGUACGAGCAAUAUGGUCUCCAGAAUAUCGCCAAGGUCAGCAGCGACGCUCGUGACGCGUGCGACUUCUCGUCUCUCCUCGUUCUGCAGCCUAUGAAGUACCUGACCGGCGUCGCUGAGGAGCUGCUGGAGCAGUGCAGUGCCGAAGGCCGCAAGAUCGAGGAGCUGCCCGAAGGCUACUUCAACUAUCCAUUGGUCGGACAGUGCUACGUAUACGACGACUACGUGAAUCUUGCUUUGACGUACAAGUCGGACGUCCUGAGCGAGUCGACUCUUCAGGCAUUGGCUAGCCAAUACGGCAACGUUGUCGAACAGCUCCUCCUGCAAAGGGAGGCCACGCUGGGUGACGUUGCUGUGGCUGGCCAGUGGGAUCUGGAGACGUCGUAUCGCUUCAACUCGGUUGUCCCCGACGUCGUUAGCUCAACGCUUCACGAGAUGAUUGAGGAGCAAGCGCGUGUGCGUCCCGAGGCGCCGGCUAUUGUGGCUUGGGAUCUCGAGCUGUCUUAUGCCGACUACAAUCGCGCUGCCAAUAGGCUGGCUAACCUUCUGGUGGACGAGUAUGGCGUCAAAAAAGGCGAUUUGAUCCAUGUCUGCUUCGAGAAGUCGGCCUGGCACUUUGUCGCGAUUCUGGCUAUCAUGAAGGCGGGCGCCGCGUGGGUACCCCUCGACGCCGGUCAUCCUGCUCAACGUCAGCAACAAGUUAUUUCACAAACGGGUGCUUCCCUAGCCCUGACUUCGGCGAGCAAUGCGCCCAUCUGCGAGGGCUUGGUCAAGGACGUUCUUCAAGUGCAUGCUGAGCUCGACCAACAGCUCAGGUCUUCCAGGUCAGAUGCCAACCUCACGGGCAAAGCGUCCCCUGGAGAGGCUGCGUACGUCCUCUUCACAUCUGGAAGUACAGGAACCCCUAAAGGCCUCGUUAUGGAACAUGGAUCGGUUUGCAGCAGCGCCACAGCUAUUGGUCAACGCCUCGGUCUCUCGCCAAGCGUCCGCAUGCUUCAAUUUGCCGCCUUUGUCUUCGACCUCUCUAUCGGCGAAAUCUUUGGUCCGUUGACGCAUGGCGGUUCUAUUAUCAUUCCGUCAGAGGAGAUCAGGAUGAACGGCAUCAAACAAUUCAUCAAUGAGAUGCAGGUUAACUGGUCCUACCUAACCCCCUCAUUUGCCAGGACCCUUCGACCCGACGAGGUUCCUACCCUCGAGUUGUUGCUAUUCGCCGGUGAGGCCGUUCCUCGCGAUGUUUUCGACAAAUGGUUCGGCAAGGUGCGAUUGAUCAACGGCUGGGGCCCAGCCGAGACCUGUUGCUUUAGCACGUUGCAUGAGUGGCAGUCGGCUGACGAGUCCCCCUUGAACGUUGGACGCCCCGUGGGCUCUCUCUGUUGGAUCGUUGACCCCCAGAACCCGAACCGCAUAGCACCCAUAGGCACCCUGGGCGAGGUUAUGAUUCAAGGUCCAACCUUGCUUCGUGAGUAUCUGGCCGAUAAGACCAAGACGGAUGCUGCGUCUGUCUACGAGCUGCCUGAGUGGACGCCUCGUCGUACCGAUGCUUCGUUCAAGCGCUUCUUCAAGUCAGGUGACCUUUGCAGCUAUAAUCCUGAUGGCACCAUUGAAUUCUCUUCACGAAAGGACACGCAGGUCAAGAUUCGAGGUCUUCGCGUGGAAUUAGGCGAAGUUGAGCAUCACAUUCGGGCCAACCUCACCUCGGCUCGCCAGGUCGCUGUAGAUGUGUUCCGCACCGAAGCUGGCGCUAAUCUCGUCACUUAUUUCUGUCUCAACGAUGAGUCUAAGACUGCUGGUGCCGACGACCAGGUCUUCCUCCCCUUGAGCUCGGAUAUGCAGACCGAACUGAGCGCCAUGGUGAGCGAGCUUAGUGUUCACCUGCCGCGCUAUAUGAUCCCGACGCUUUUCAUCAAUUGUCGAUUCAUGCCCUUCAUCACAUCGACCAAAUUGGACCGCAAGGGCUUGCAACAACGCACUGCCGCGUUAAUACAGGACGAGCUGGCACAGUAUGCGUUGGUGGAUAGCGAGAAGAGACCCCCGGAAACCGACAUGGAAUACAGGAUGCAGAAGAUUUGGGCGCGGACGUUGAAGCUGGCACCCGAGACGAUAGGUCGCGAUGACAGCUUCCUUCGUAUCGGUGGUGAUUCGAUUGCAGCGAUCCACUUGGUGACGGCUGCUCGCGAGGACAAGCUGCUCCUGACGGUCAAGGACAUCUUUGAUGAUCCCCGCCUUUCGAGCGUCGCCGCCAAGUGUGAGUUUGCUGACGAUGAUGCGCCUGACUACACGGAUGUGUCUGAAUUUUCCCUCCUCGACCAGUCUCGUCGCGAGCUUGUGGUCAAUGAGACUCGCAAACAGUGCGGCCUGACAACGCAGCAGGUUGUUGAUGCUUACCCCUGCACAGCACUGCAGGAGGGUCUGAUGGCUCUAUCCAUGAAGCAGCCUGGUUCCUACAUUGCGAAGUGGGUUUAUCGCAUUGGUGACGAGGUUGAGACAUCCGCCUUCAAGACUGCCUGGGAGACGACUGUGGCGACCUCGCCAAACCUGCGAACAAGGAUGGUGACAGUGCAAGGCAAAACUAUCCAGUCAAUCGUAACGGACGAUGUGGAGUGGGAGAACACGGACGGCUUGACACUGUCCGCCUUCCUGGAGGCUGCCCAAGGCAUCAAGAUGACCUUUGGGUCCCGACUCAGCCGUUACGGUCUUGUUGUGGAAGGCGAUUCGCGAUACUUUGUCUGGAUUGCUCACCACGCUAUCUAUGAUGGCUGGACCAUGCGGCUGAUGCUCAGUACACUCGCCGACGUUUACCAAGGCUAUGAAUCCUUGGAGCUGAAGCCUUACGCGAGCUUCAUCAACUACGUGCAGAGUAUUAACCCAAAGGACGCAGUAAGCUUCUGGCGUAACCAACUUGAGGACGCAAGGCGAGCCACCUUUCCUCCGACUGCCAAGACAGCUGGUGCGCCCUCUUCCUUGGGCGACAAGGUCAUCCGCCUCAUGCGCAACCGGAUCGAGUUUCCCAAUACCGAUACCUCCAUCACCAAAGCCACGAUCAUCCGGGCCGCCUGGGCCAUUGUGCUGGCGCGCUACUGCGAUACCGAUGAUGUGACCUUUGGCACAACGGUCUCUGGUCGUCACGCCCCUGUUCCGAACCUGGGUGAGAUGCCCGGACCGAUGGUAGCUACUGUUCCCGUCAGAGUGCGCUUGGACCGUGAUCAGCGCAUCUCCACGUAUCUACACCGCAUUCAGACGCAGGCGUCGGAGAUGAUUGCCUAUGAGCAAUUCGGCAUGCAGCAUAUCGGGAAGAUCAGCCCGGAAGCCGAGGAGGCUUGCGACUUCUCUUCGUUACUGGUUGUCCAACCUUUCCAGCAGAUGGCUGCCGUCGGCGCGCAUUCCGACGCCAUCCUCGAGAUGGAUUCGUCUGCUCAGCACGGCACUGAAGAUACCCUUGAGGGUUAUUUUUCGUACCCCUUGGUUUUACAGGGUGAGGUCUCAGAUGAUCACGUGGACCUUGUGCUCACGUAUGACUCUGAAAUUCUCCAAGAAGUGCAAAUGACCCAGCUGUCACAUCAUUUUGAGCAUGUUGUGCAACAGCUGUUGGCUCAGGAUAACACUUGUAUCUCUGAGAUUUCCGUGGCUGCACCCUGGGACCUUGAGAAGGCCUUCACAUACAAUGACGAAGAGCCCGAGCUUGUUGAAUCGACCCUCCACGACCAAAUUGCGCUCCAAGCUAAAAAACGCCCCGACGCACCAGCUAUCGAUGCGUGGGACAAGAAACUUACGUACAAGGAGUUCAACGCUGCGGCCGACCGCCUAGCCAGUUUCCUUCUGGAGGAAUACCGCGUCGAGGAUGGGGAUCUCGUACACGUUUGUUUCGAGAAGUCAGCGUGGCACUUUGUUGCCAUCCUGGCCAUCAUGAAGGUCGGAGCGGCUUGGGUUCCCUUGGAUCCUGGUCACCCGACUGAGCGACAACGCCAAGUCACCGGCCAGACCAAGGCGAAGCUCGCGCUUGUUUCCCCCGGAAACGCUCCAAUGGCCAAGGAGUUGCUUGCGCAGGUUUUGGAAGUGACGCCUGAGCUUGAUCAGGAACUCGCCAACAAGUUUACACAGGGACCCAACGUCCAGACUUCCCCUCGCAACGCUGCCUACGUGCUGUUCACGUCCGGGUCAACAGGUACGCCCAAGGGUCUUGUCAUGGAGCACGGAUCUGUCAGCACCUCUGCUCGUGCUAUCGGGAAGAGGCUUGGUCUGGAUUCUACGGUCAGAAUGCUGCAGUUCGCCGCCUUCGUGUUCGACCUUUCUAUUGGCGAAAUCUUCGGACCGCUUACCCACGGUGGCUGUCUCUGCAUCCCUUCGGAUCACGAUCGGCUCAAUAACUUAACCGGCUACAUUCGCAAUAUUCAGGUCAACUGGUCGUAUUUGACCCCUGCCUUUGCGCGAACUAUCAAGCCCGAAGAUGUUCCUUCUUUGGAGCUGUUGCUUUUUGCCGGCGAGGCUGUCCCUCGUGACGUCUUCGAACAGUGGUUCGGAAAGGUCCGCUUGGUUAACGGUUGGGGUCCAGCCGAGACUUGCUGCUUCAGCACCCUUCACGAAUGGAAGUCUGUCACAGAAAGCCCCCUAACCGUUGGAAAACCCGUCGGGGGCUUCUGCUGGAUUGUCGACCCUAACGACCCUCAAAAGCUCGCUCCUAUCGGCACGCUUGGCGAAGUUGUCAUCCAAGGUCCUACCAUCCUGCGCGAGUACCUCGCUGACAAGGCCAAAACCGACGCCGCAACGGUUUAUAGCCUUCCCGAAUGGGCGCCGAAGCGCGAGACAGGCACCCAUGCUUAUGGACGCUUCUUUAAAUCCGGCGACUUGUGCAGCUACAACGCGGACGGAACUAUCGAGUUCUCCACGCGUAAGGAUACACAGGUCAAGAUUCGUGGUCUCCGGGUUGAAUUGGGCGAAGUUGAGCAUCACAUCCAGACGAACUUGGAGGGCGCGCGUCAGGUUGCCGUGGACGUCCUAAAGACUGAGACUGGAACCAACCUAGUGGCAUACUUCUGCUUCACAGACGAUUCCAAGACAGCCGGUGCGACAAGUGGCGAUGCCGAGGGGCCCUUCAUGCCCCUUAGCCCCUACCUACAGAAUCAACUAACGGCUAUGGUGGGAGCACUGUCAAUUUCUCUGCCUCGUUACAUGAUCCCUACCCUCUAUAUCCCCUGCUCAUACAUGCCAUUCAUUACGUCCACCAAGCUUGAUCGCAAGGGUCUUCGUGCUCUCACCGCUGGCCUUGGCCAAGAGGAACUCGCCACCUAUGCCCUCCAGGAUAGCGAGAAGAGGGCGCCCGAGACGCCGAUGGAAGAGCGUCUCCAAACCGUUUGGGCUGAAAUUCUCAAUCGUGCAAAGGAGUGUAUCGGCCGUGACGAUAGCUUCCUCCGUAUCGGCGGAGAUUCGGUGGCCGCUAUCCAUUUGAUCACCACCUGCAGGAACGAGGGCAUCCAGCUCAGCGUCAAGGAUAUCUUUGAUGACCCUCGUCUGUUUGCGGUGGCCUCCAAGGCUGUCGAGAUGGAUACAUCCGCUGUGGACACCAAGAUCGAGCCUUUCAGCCUUCUCGACCCGAGUGCGCACCACUUCGUCAUGAACAAGGCCAUUCAAGAGCAAUGCGGCCUUGAAGCAACUCAAGUCAUGGAUGCGUACCCUUGCACACCCCUACAGGAUGGCCUUAUUGCGCUAUCUGCCAAGCAACCUGGGUCGUACAUUACCAAGUAUUUCUUCAAGAUCCCCAGCGGCAUUGACUUGGACCGAUUUAAGUCGUCAUGGGAGAAGACCGUCGACCUUUGCGACAACCUGCACACUCGGAUUGUGACGACAGGCCACGCCUCCGUGCAGGUCGUUGUCAAGGACGAGAAGUCAUGGGAAAACACUGAGGGCACGAGUGUCGAUGAAUUCAUCGCUGCCACAAAGAGCUACGAGAUGACCUAUGGCUCACGCCUCUGCCGCUUUGCCCUCAUUAACCAACCCAAUGGCGAGAAUUUCUUCGUAUGGGUCAUCCAUCAUUCCGUCAUUGACGGCUGGGCUCUACAGCUCAUCCAGCAGGUCGUCCACGACAUAUACUGGGAGAACGAAACACCCGUUGUUGAGCCCUACUCUGGCUUUGUCAAGUAUACGGAAAGCAUCGAACCUCAAGCUGCCGGUAACUACUGGAAAGUUCAGUUGGAUGGCGCUACCAAACCGUCAUUCCCAUCUACCAUGACCGGCCCGGCUAUCGCUACGGUUCCAGUUCGUGUGAACACAGAUCGUCAGAAGCCCGUGGCUGAAUUCCUUUCGGAUGUGCAGAAGCAGGCUUCUGACAUGGUUGCCUACGAACAAUACGGCUUGAGCAACAUUUCCCGUGUGAGCAACACGGCCAAGGAAGCCUGUGACUUCUCGUCCCUCGUCGUCAUUCAGCCGCGUCAGUUCAUGGAUAACAUGGACGAGGCGCCAGCUGAUGCCGUCAUUGUGUUCGGUCAGGACCAGUAUGCCAUGACGGAGGAGCAGAUGAAGCACUACUUCAACUAUCCUCUUGUUCUGCUUUCUUUGAUUUACGACGACCACAUCGAGAUCCGCUUUUUCCACAACACCGAUGCGCUGUCAGUGAACCAAAUCGAAGCAGUUGCCGAGCAAUUGGAUCAUGUUGUCCAGCAACUGCUCAAGCACCAGUCUUCCAAACUUGGCGAUAUCUCUCUCGUCGGUCCGUGGGACCUGCACCACGCUGAAGAGUCCAGCAAGGUUGCCGAUGCUACAGAGUCUUGCACUCACUGGCUUAUCGAGCAGCAAAUUGAGAGGCAGCCCGAAGCUGAAGCCGUCGCUUCCUGGGAUGCCGACUUGUCUUACAAGCAGCUUGGCAUUUACGCAUCUCGCUUGGCUGCCAAACUCCAAUCGCUCGGUGUCGGUCCCGAGUCUCUUAUUCCGUUAUGCUUUCCAAAAUCGGCAUGGGCUGUCGUGACCAUGGUGGCCAUCGAGAUGGCUGGAGGUGCCUUUGUUCCUCUGGACCCAAUGGCCCCGACUGCUCGUCUCCAGGGUAUCAUUGACGAUACUAUGUCCAAGCUAGUCAUCGUUGCCCCGUCCUGCAAAGAUGCCAUGAGAGAUGUCCAGGUCGACACGUUCGUCUUGGACGAGUCUAUCCUCAAAUCACUGCCCGACGUCAGCUCCGUUGCUACAGCUGUCAAGCCCGACAAUGCAUCAUUUGUGAUCUUUACCUCUGGUUCCACCGGAAAGCCAAAGGGAAUGGUGAUUGAGCAUCGUGCUAUCUGCUCAUCUGUCAAUGGGUACGGCGUGACACCUGGAAUCGGUCCUGGCUCGCGCGUUUUCGCCUUCUCGGCCUACACAUUUGACGUAGGCGUCCUCGAUGUUUUGGUCACCCUUGCCCGAGGUGGAACGGUCUGCGUGCCUUCUGACCAUGACCGCCACAACAACAUUGCCGGGGCAAUUAACUCGACCAAGGCCAAUUGGGCUUUCUUGACCCCUACCGUGGCCAGCCUUCUCAAGCCCGCUGAUGUCCCAACACUCAAGACACUGGGGCUGGGUGGCGAAGCCGUUACAAAGAAGGUUGUCGAGCAAUGGUCUGGUCAUGCUGAGCUCCACGGCCUCUACGGUCCCGCUGAGGCAUCUAUCUGCGCCUGGCGAAAGGACGUAGGAAAGGUCGGCAAGCCAAGCAACCUCGGCAUGCCCCUGCUGUCUGCCUUCUGGGUUGUCGAACCUGACAACGUGAAGGAACUUGUUCCUGUUGGCUGCAUUGGAGAGUUGCUUAUUCAAGGUCCUACCCUGGCUCGUGGCUAUUUAAACGUUGACGACAAGACGAACAGUGUCUGGAUUGAGAAUGCUUAUUGGCUCCCUGUGUCUGGUAGCAAGCGAGCUUAUCAGACUGGCGAUCUCGUUCGUCGUAACGAAGAUGGCACCUUUGAUUACAUGGGCCGGAAAGAUACCCAGGUCAAGCUUCACGGUCAACGUGUCGAGCUCGGCGAGAUCGAGUCCAGGAUUCACACCCAGUUACCUGAGGGCAUGGACGCUAUUGUCGAGAUCGUUGACGAUAUCCUCAUGGCGCUUCUGUGGUACACCUCUGGCUCGAAAGACCAAGAGCUCACGGUAUUCGAAGAUGUAUCCAGCGACAAGCAGGCGUUGAUCUCUCGAGUCGACAAUGCGCUCAGCACCGUCUUACCUGCCCACAUGAUGCCCACGAGCUACCCAAUUUUCAAAGGCAAACCAGUGCAGCUCACCUCCGGCAAGGUCAACCGCCGACAACUCGCCGCUGCUGGUCGCGCUGUGCCACCUCACAAGCGCUCGAGGUUUGCUCCCGGCGCCAUGGACAGCGUACCUCCCACCGAACCCAUGGAACUUCGUCUACGCGAUCUCUGGGCUGACAUUCUUGGUGUCGAGGCUGAGACUAUUGGAAAGCACGAUAGCUUCCUCCGACUAGGCGGUGAUUCCAUCAGCGCUAUCAAGCUCGUGACUCUCGCUCAGCAGAGCGGAAUCAGGCUGACUGUGGGCGCCAUCUUCAAGGAUUCCCGAUUGUCCGAAAUGGCAGCCGUGGCUCAAGUCGAAGACGAAGAUGCCGAGACCCUAGAGACGACGCCCUUCUCAUUACUUCCCGAGGCUGAGAUUGAGGACAUCAAGUCUGCUGUUCAGGAUCAAUGCGGCCUCACGUCCAAGGACGCCAUUGAGGACAUCUUCCCCUGCACAAGUCUCCAGGAGGGUCUGAUGGCUCUCGCUAUCAAACAACCCGGAUCGUACUUGGCCAAGGAAGUUUACCGCCUCUCAAGCGAUGUAGACAUUGCCAGAUUCAAGCAGGCAUGGGAGCACGUCGUUGAGAUAAGCACAAACUUGCGCACCCGUAUUGUCCGUGUCGGGGACCAGAUCCUGCAAACUGUCAUCAAGUACUCAUCUUGGGAGAGUACUCGUGCUCACGACAUGCGAUCGCUGAUGGCUGAGGCCGCCGCGACCGAUAUCACUUUGGGCUCUCCCCUGUGCCGUUACGCACUCUUCAAAGAGGAUGAUGGCUCCUACUAUUUUGGCAUCAUCAUCCAUCACGCUAUCUUCGACGGCUGGACUCUGGGUCUGAUUUUCAACGCUCUUCGCCAGGGUUACGCGGGCGAGGAGGUUUACGAUUUCAACCGAUAUGCCUCGUUCGUCAAGUAUGUGCACCGCAUUGAUCAGGGUGCUGCCGCCGACUUCUGGAAGAAGCAACUCACGGGCGCUCGAAGGGCCACGUUCCCACCUUUGAAGGCUCCCGUUGCCGAGAACAAAUCCAAGACACGCAUCCUGAGUCGCAAGUUUGACUUCAACUACAUGGGCAACUCCUCGAUCACCCGCGCGACUAUCUUGCGUGCUGCAUGGGCCAUUGUCCUUGGGAGAUACAGUGACUCGACCGAUGUGACCUUUGGUGCCACUGUGUCAGGCCGAAAUGCAUCUGUUCCCGGUCUCACGGAGAUGACAGGCCCGACCAUUGCCACUGUCCCUGUUCGCAUCCGGAUGGACAGGAACACGCUUGUACCAGACUUCUUGCAAUCGAUCCAGAUGCAGGCGUCUGAGAUGGUCGAGUUUGAGCAGUUCGGUCUUCAGAACAUCUCCAAGAUCCAUCCGGAUAUCGCAGAGGCCACUCGCUUCUCCUCCUUGGUCGUCGUGCAGCCCUUCCAGCAGAUGGGUCUGGCUUCUGCAGGGAGCGAGGCGGAGCUCUUCACCGUCGACGAAGGCAAGUUCAAGCCUGAGGAGGCCAUGUCGGGCUACUUCAGCUACCCUCUUGUCCUCCAGUGCAUUCUUCUCGAGGAUCAGGUCGAGCUGGCCCUCACCUAUGAUGCCAACGUGACCACCCAUGAGCAGCUGUCCGCCCUCUCGUACCAGUUUGAAGGUGUUGUUCACCAGUUACUGUCUCCUCGACCGAAACCACUCGGCGCGAUAGACGUCGCUUCCCAAUGGGACAGACUGCAGGCUGUCCGGUGGAACGCCGAAAAGCCUGACAUCUGGCACACCUGUCUCCACGAUGUCAUCGAGGAGCAAGCUAAUAUCAGGCCCGAUGCUAUUGCUGUUCGUGGAUGGGACUACCGUCUCACCUACCGGGACUUGAUCCAGCACGCCAACCGACUCGCCAACCACCUUGUCAACGACUACGGCGUCAAGAGCGGCGACCUGAUUCACGUCUGCUUUGACCAUUCGGCUUGGUUCUACGUCGCCACAUUGGCUACCAACAAGACUGGAUCAGCUUGGGUGCCUCUCGAGCCCUCGCAGCCUUCACAGCGUCACAAACAGGUUGCUGACCAGACCAAGGCGAAGAUCUGCCUGGCCUCAGUGAACCACGUCGACAAGUGCAAGAAGCUGUUCUUCACUGUUAUUGGUGUUGAUGAGGCCCUGGAUUCGCAGCUCGUCGAGUCUGGUAUGGACACCGACAAGGGUCCCGAUGUUGAAAUCACACCUCGCCACGCAGCUUACGUUCUCUUCACUUCUGGCAGUACCGGUACCCCCAAGGGUCUCGUUAUGGAGCAUAUCAGCGUCUGCACGUCCAUGAGGCAUGCUAAUGCCCGCAUUGGUCUCUCGCCCAAGGUCAAUGUCCUGGACUUUGCGUCCUAUGUCUUUGACAUGACCAUUGGCGAAGACUUUGCUCCCCUCAUGUACGGCGGUACUGUCUGCGUGCCCAACGAAGACACCAGGAUGAACGGACUCAUUGAAUUCAUCAACGAGAUGGAUAUCAAUGCCCUUUACAUGACGCCCGCGUUUGCACGUACCAUCAAGCCCGCCGACGUGCCCCAGGUCAACCUUUUGGUGUUUGCGGGCGAGGCCGUGCCAAAGGAUGUCUUUGACCAGUGGUUCGGACAUGGUGUUCGCAUGUUCAACGGUUGGGGUCCGGCUGAGACUUGUGUCUUCGCUACACUACACGAGUGGACAUCAGCUGACGAAUCACCCCUUACCGUCGGCCGGCCGAUCGGUGGCUACUGCUGGAUUGUUGAUCCCGACGACCCUACCAAGCUUGCGCCCAUCGGCACUGAGGGCGAAGUUGUCAUUCAGGGGCCCAACAUCCUUCGCGAAUACCUCGCUGACCGCGAACGAACGGAAGCCGUCACUAUGACUGACUUACCUGACUGGGCCCCCGAGCGCGAUACUCGCCCCUGGAAUAGGUUCUUUAAGUCUGGCGAUCUAUGUAGCUACAACCCUGACGGUACCAUCCGCUUUGGUUCACGCAAGGACACGCAGGUCAAAAUUCGAGGUCUUCGUAUCGAGCUUGGCGAGGUCGAACAUCACAUCCAAACAACUUUGGGGGGCGCCAAACAGGUGGCUGUUGACGUGCUGAAGAACGACAAGGGGUCAACCCUUGUAGCGUACUUCGCCUUCAACAACGACUCUCGCACCGCUGGCCAAGCCGACGCUGGGGAUGACAUGUUCAUGCCACUCGAAGGUGACCUCCAGUCCCGCGUCAGUGCUCUCGUCGCUGUCCUCAGCGUGAACCUGCCUCGGUAUAUGAUUCCCGCAUUGUUUGUUCCUUGCAAGUGGAUGCCCUUUAUCACAUCUACCAAGUUGGAUCGCAAGACCCUCCGCAGCAAGACCGCGGAACUGACGCAGGAGCAAUUGAACGCCUAUGGCCUUCAGAACUCCGAGAAGAAGGCGCCCGAGUCGGAAAUGGAGCGUCGCAUGCAGAAGAUCUGGGCCGGCGUCCUCCGCGUGUCACCCGAAUCAAUCGGUCGCGAUGACUCGUUCCUUGGCAUCGGCGGUGAUUCUAUUGCUGCAAUUCACUUAAUGACCGCCGCACGCAACCGGGGUCUCGUGGUCAAGGUCAACGACAUUUUCCGCGAUCCUCGUCUAUCAGCCGUGGCAGCAGCCGCGACGGAGGCCCCUUUGCCUUCUGCUGACGACUCCAGAGUUCGACCAUUUGACUUGCUGUCCGAGGAUGAUCGCAAAGUGGUCUUUGGCGACUCGCUGCGGUCCCAGUGCGGACUGCCCAAGGAGGCCGAGAUUGAAGACGCCUACCCAUGCUCACCUCUCCAAGAGGGUCUCAUGGCUGUUGCCGUCAAGCAGCCAGGGUCCUACAUCACAAAAUACUUCUUCCAGAUCCCUGGCCACAUGGACAUUCAGCGCUGGAUGAAGGCUUGGGAGCGUACUGUCCGAGCGUGUGGUAACCUGCGCACUCGCAUUAUUCCUUCCAAGAAGCACUCUGUUCAAGUGCUGGUCAAGGAUGAAGUCUCUUGGGAAGACACGUGCGGGAUGGACCUCGACGCAUUCAUCAAGGUUUCCCAGACCUAUAAAAUGGCUUACGGAUCCAGGCUGUGCCGCUAUGCCAUCGUGACACCCCCAACCGGCGAGAACUACUUCGUUUGGAUCACUCACCACUCUAUCGUCGAUGGCUGGUGUGUCCAGAUUGCUUUGAAGACACUGCACCAAGCCUACUACGAACAGGAUCUUCCAGAGCUCUCGCCUUACGCCGGAUUCAUCAAAUACGCCUUCUCCAUUGAUGAAGAUGCGGCAAACACCUUCUGGAAAGAGCAACUUGAAGGCGGUUCGAAGCCCUCCUAUCCGCCCACAACCGGUGGCAAGAAAGACGUCGAUUAUCGAGUUGUCAACAAGAAGAUCCCGGCACCUUCGCGAAUGGAGGGCUCGAUCACAAAGGCCACCAUCCUGCGCGCAGCGUGGUCCGUCGUUCUCGCUCGCCAUUGCAACACUGACGAUGUCACCUUUGGUGCCACCGUGUCGGGCCGUAAUGCGGCAGUCGAAGGGCUUCAAGACAUGCCCGGUCCAGUCAUUGCAACUGUCCCUGUCCGCAUCCAGCUGAAGCGCGAUGCUCCUGUUGACGAGCUGCUCCAAGGCGUCCAAACCCAGGCUUCCGAGAUGGUCGCUUACGAGCAGCUCGGUCUGCAGAAUAUCGCCAAGAUCAGCAAGUCAGCUCGCGAAUGCUGUGACUUUACGACACUACUGGUCAUCCAACCCCGACAAUACCUGGAGAACAUGUCAGACGCUGUCAUCAUGGACGGCCAAGAUGGCACUGAGAUGACCGAGCAGGAGAUGAACAAAUACUUCAACUAUCCUCUUGUGCUCCUCUCGCUCAUGUAUGACGACCACGUGGAGAUUCGCUUCUUCCACGACAAGAACGUCAUGCCCACGAAAGAGGUUCAAGCUAUCGCCAACCAGCUUGACCAUGUUAUGCAGCAGUUGUUUGCCAAGAGGGCCAAUCUCGUCAACGAUCUGUCCCUCAUCGGCCCGUGGGAGAAGAAGCAUGCCCUUCGCAGCACGAAACUCAAGGGCCCCAGCAACUCUUGUAUCCACUGGAUGAUUGAAGAGCACGUUCGUCUCCAACCGGAUGCCCCCGCUGUUGUUUCGUGGGAUGGUGACAUUUCCUAUGAUGACCUGGGCAAAUAUGCUUCACGACUUGCGGCGAAGCUGCAGCAGCAGGGUAUUGGACCCGGCGAUAUUGUCCCUGUCUGCUUCCCCAAGUCCACCUGGGCCGUUGUUUCGAUGAUUGCCAUUCAGAUCGCAGGUGGUGCCUUUGUGCCUCUCGACCCCAAGGCGCCUACAGCACGCCUUCAAGGCAUCAUCGAGGACACCAAGGCGGAGCUGAUCCUGUGUGCGCCUUCGACACACGAAUCUAUCAAGGAUAUGGGCAUCAGCACCCUGGAGGUUGAUGUCGGGUACCUGGCUAGUUUGCCCGUUCCUCGUUCUUCUAUUGCACCCAUCACCGAGCCCAGCGACCCGUCCUUUGUCAUCUUCACUUCUGGAUCUACGGGCAAGCCCAAGGGCAUGAUCCACGAACACGGCGCCAUUGCGUCUUCAUCCGACGGCUAUGGUGUCUGCCAGGGCAUUGGCCCCGGUACCCGCGUCUUUGCUUACUCCAACUACACAUUUGAUGUCGGUAUCAUGGACGUACUCGUGACCUUGUCGCGCGGUGCCUGCAUUUGCAUCCCGUCGGAUUAUGAGCGUUACAACGAUAUAGCUGGCGCCAUCAACCGCAUGAAGGCUAACUGGGCCUUCUUGACCCCCACAGUGGCCAGUCUUAUCAACCCGAUUGAGACACCCUCUAUGAAGAAGCUCGGUCUUGGCGGCGAGGUUGUCACAAAGAAGGUCAUUGACCUUUGGCAGGAUCAUGCAGAACUUCAUGGUCUCUAUGGCCCCGCGGAGGCUUCUAUCUGUGCUUGGCGUCCAAACGUCGGCAAGGUUGGAAAGCCUAGUAAUAUCGGUACCCCCUUGUCCUCUGCCUUUUGGGUAGUUGAUCCAGAAAACCCACGCGAGCUCGUGCCCGUGGGUUGUGUCGGCGAGCUCAUGAUCCAGGGCCCCCUCCUCGCCCGUGGCUACAUCAAUGCCGAUGAGAGCGCUAACGCUGCCUGGCUACACGACGUCGACUGGUUGCCAGGUGACAUGCCUCGCAAAGCGUACUGCACCGGUGACUUGGUCCGCCGUAACGACGAUGGUACCUUUGACUACAUGGGCCGCAAGGAUACACAAGUCAAGUUACAUGGCCAGCGUAUCGAGCUGGGAGAGAUCGAGUCGCGCAUCGAACAAUUCCUUCCCGAAAACAUGGCAGCCAUCACCGACAUUGUCAAAACUGAGAGUGGUGACGAUGUCAUGGCUGCACUGCUCUGGUACACCAGUGGGCCCAGCUCAGAGGCUCCUGAAGUCAAGCUGGCCGAGGACGUGACUGAUGAGAUGCGAAAACUCAUCUCUCACCUUGAUAACUCAUUGGGCAUGUCCUUGGCGGCGUACAUGAUGCCUGGCAUGUAUCUCAUCUUUGAGGGCACGCCCGCAAGGUCGACGUCUGGAAAGAUCAAUCGUCGACAACUUUGCAGCAUUGCCCAUGCUGCACCCACAAAAGACAAGCUCAAGUUCUCUCCCGGAGGCGGCGAAUCCGAGCCCCCUGCCACGGAUCUGGAGUUCAAGCUGCGCGACCUGUGGGCGCAGGUGCUGAACAUCAAGGCUGAGGAUAUCGGCCGCAGCGACAACUUUUUGCGUGCCGGCGGCGACUCCAUCAGCGCCAUCCGCCUCGUCUCUGCGGCUCACGAGAAGGGGAUUGUCCUGAGUGUUGAUCUUAUUUUCCAAGACCCUCGACUUUCGUCCAUGGCUGCCGCAGCCACUUCGGCAGAGGAGACCGAAUCAUAUGAGGUGGAACCAUUCAGUCUGCUACCCCAAGACCAGCUCGAUAUCAUCCAGGUUGAAGCCCGUAAGCAAUGCAUGCUUCAGGGUGGCGAUGUCAUCGAGGAUAUCUACCCUUGCACCAAGUUGCAGGAAGGUCUCCUCGCCCUCGCGGUCAAGCAGCCCGGUUCCUACAUUGCCAAGCAAGUUCUUCAGGUUUCGCCUCACAUCGACAUUGGCCGCUUCAAAGCUGCUUGGGAGGUCACUGUGCAAAAUUGUACCAAUCUGCGUACCAGGAUUAUCUCCAUCGACGGCACUUCGUACCAGGUUACCCUGAACGGCAAGGUGGAAUGGGAGGAUACCACCGGUCUGGACCUCAGCACCACCGUCCAAGCCUCAUCCAAGAUCAAAAUGGGGUAUGGAACUCCUCUCAGCCGCUUCGCACUUGUUCAAGAAGAUGAUGAGAACACGUUCCUGGUGUGGACUGUGCACCACGCCACGUUUGACGGCUGGUGCAUUCGCAUCGUCCUUGAUGCUCUGACAUCGGCGUACCAGGAGAUGGAAAUGCCGACCCUGCGUCCUUUCGCCAGCUUCAUCAAGUUUGUCACCAGCAUUGACCACGACGAGGCCAGCAGCUAUUGGAGGGCGCAGCUUGAGGACGCCAAGAGGGCUUCAUUCCCUCCUACAGUCCACAACAUUGCCACCAACGAGAACAAAUUGCUUCGCAAGACGAUCGCCUUCCCCGAGUCUGAGAAGUCCUCUGUGACCAAGGCCUCUGUCAUCAGGGCGGCCUGGGCACUUGUCCUAGCUCGCCAUUCUGACACCAAUGAUGUUACGUUUGGUGCUACCGUGUCGGGUCGCCAGGCUCCUGUGCCAGGCAUGGAGACAAUUCCCGGCCCUGUGCUCGCCACAGUCCCUGUUCGUGUUCAACUCGACGGGCAGCAGUCGGUCGAGUCUUACCUUCAGGGGAUCCAGACACAGGCCCUCGACAUGGUUCAAUUCGAGCAGUUUGGCUUGCAAAACAUCUCAAAGCUCUCACCAGAAGCCAAGGAAGCAUGUGACUUUUCUAGUCUGUUGCUAAUCCAGCCCGCUCAACAAUUCUUUGAAGAGAACAAGGAGUCUAUUGUCGCACCUCCCCAUGCGGACAAGUAUGAGGUCGGCGAGGCUCUUGGAGGCUAUUUCUCGUAUCCUCUCGUGGUACAGGCGCAAGUCGCUGAUGACCACGUUGAUUUGUACUACAGCUAUCAUGCCAAUGUGGUCGAAGAAGCUCGUCUGGAAGCCAUUUCGCAACAGCUGAGUCAUGUCAUCAACCAGCUUGUCACGGGGGCCAGCGCUUCUGUUCAGGACAUCUCUGUAUCUGGUCCUUGGGACUUGGAGAAAGCCAUGGCGUGGAACCAAAAUCCCACUCUGGUGGAUUCUCUGAGCCAUGAACUCAUCGCCGAGAAAGCUGCGUCUUCGCCUGACCAUGAGGCCAUUUUCUCUUCAGAGGUAACACUCACCUUUGCCGAGCUGGACAAAUAUUCCUCACAACUGGCUGCGCACUUGGUCAGUCUUGGCUUGGAAGUUGAGAUGGCUGUCCCCAUCUGCUACGAGAAGUCUGUCUGGGCUAUCGUCGCGAUGAUCGCCAUCAUGAAAGCGGGCGGCGCAUUUGUUCCCCUCGAUCCUCAACACCCAGUUGGCCGUCGUCAGGACCUGGCCUACGAGGUAGGGGCUGACUUUAUGAUCGCAUCACCCUCCACCGCGGAGUCUUGUAAGGGCCUGGUGGACAACGUCAUUGAGCUCAGUGCCGAAUCUUUUACUUCGUUCAAAAGCUCAUCCUCAGUUCUGCCACACGUUGGCCCCGACUCUGCUGCUUACAUUCUCUUCACUUCUGGUUCCACCGGCAAGCCCAAGGGUGUGGUCAUGGAGCACCAAGCCCUCAGCUCCAGCAGUGUCAUGGGUCACGGCAAGACAUAUAGGCUGGAUGACUCCUCUCGCGUGCUGCAGUUUUCCAACUACGUUUUCGACGUCAGCUUGGGUGAAAUCUUCAGCACGCUCGUCCACGGAGGCACAGUCUGUGUGCCCAAUGAGACUGAGCGUCUUCAGGGUACUGUUGACUUUAUCAACAAGGCCAAGGUCAACACAGCCAUGUUGACGCCCUCGUUUGCACGAACCAUCUCUCCGGCUAGUGUCCCUGGACUGAAAAAGCUGAUUGUUGGUGGCGAGGCACCCACCAAGGACACCUUGGCCAUGUGGUUCGACCACGUGGAGCUCAUCAACGGUUACGGACCAGCUGAAGCAUGUAUCUACUGCUGCACACACGACUUCCAGUCAAAGACCGAAGCCCCAGGAACAAUUGGUCGUGGUGCCAACAACGCCACCUGGAUUGUAGAACCUGACAAUCACAACCGCAUCGCGCCCGUCGGCUGUGUUGGUGAGCUUGUCGUGCAAGGUUAUGCCAUCGCACGCGGCUACGCAAACAAUGAGGAGCUCACAGCACAAUCAUUCCUCGACAAGGUCGACUGGCUCCCUACUCCUCAAUCGUCCCGUUUCUACAAGACGGGCGACCUCGUCCGCUAUCAGCCUGGCGGCACCCUCGAGUACCUUGGACGAAAGGACGCACAAAUCAAGAUUCGCGGUCAACGCAUGGAGCCUGGCGAGAUUGAGUAUGCUGUCAAGAGAGUGUCCGAAGCUGUCGAGCAUGUGGCUAUCGACGUGCUCCGCUCUGAAUCACGCGAGACCCUGACUGCCUUCAUCAGCUUCGCCAACAAGAAGGUUGAGGGCGAUGACUUUUUCAUUACCAUGGACGAUGACCUGCAGCAAACCAUCAUGGCAGUCUCCGAGGAGCUCAGGACCAUCCUCCCUGCGUUCAUGGUGCCCACUCUAUUCCUGCCCGUUAGUGCCAUGCCUUUUGUCAGCGCGAUGAAGAUGGAUCGCAAGCUGCUUCGCGAGACUGCCCAGGGUCUUUCGUCCGAGGAGCUAGCUACCUACGCAGGCGUCAGCCGCCAAAAGAUUGAGCCGACAACCGACAUAGAAUUUGCCCUCCGCAAGGUCUGGGCUCAGAUCCUAAGCAUUUCUGAAGAGGAGAUUGGCAAGAGUGACAGCUUCCUACAAAUUGGUGGUGACUCGAUCACCGCUAUCAAGCUUGUCUCCGCCGCGCAGAACGCUGGCAUUGGUAUCACGGUCGCCAACAUAUUUGAAGACGCUCGUUUGUCAUCGUUGGCUGCUUCGGCCACCAAUGCUGAGGACGGCCCCUCCUACAAUGUUGGUCCGUUUGAGCUCCUCGAAGGCGAUCCCGAAGACAUCAAGAAUGUGAUCGCUGCUCUCUGCGAUCUCGAGGACAGCCAGCAUGUCGAGGAUGCCUACCCAUGUGCGCCUCUUCAGACCGGGUUGAUCGCCUUGGCUGUCAAACAGCCUGGUUCAUACAUCGCCAAACAUGCCUUCCGCCUCAACCCGGCCGUUGAUAUUGAGCGCUUCAAGGCCGCCUGGGAGCGCACUGUCGAACUUUGCGCCAACCUCCGCACGCGCAUUGUUGAGAUGGAUGACGUGCCAGUCCAAGCUGUGAUUGGAAAUGACUUCAUGUGGGACGACAACAAUGAACACAAAUCUCUUGAUGAGCUGCUCGUGGACGCAUCCAACGCCCGCAUGACCUUUGCGACCCGUCUCAACCGCUUCAGCAUCGGAUUUGAAAAGGAUGGGAGCUACUCUUUCCUCUGGCUCAGUCACCACACCGUUUUCGAUGGAUGGAGCAUGCGCAUCGUCCUCGAGACCGUGUACCAGGUGUAUGGUGAUGCCGAGCUCCCACCACUGAGGCCUUAUUCGGGCUUCAUUGCCUACACCAUCAAGAUCGAUCUGGAGAAGGCUGGCGACUACUGGAAGCAACAGCUUCGCGGGGCCCAGCGAACUUCAUUCCCGCCCCGUCGCAGCGCAGCCAAGGAUGGUGCCACACGCUACCUGACCAAGAUGAUCCAGCUGCCAGAGUCCACAGGCACUUCGAUCACAAAGGCAUCGAUCCUCCGCGCUGCCUGGGCUAUUGUCCUGGCCAAGUACAGCGAUACUGACGAUGUUACCUUUGGCGCCACGGUAUCUGGGCGUAACGCACCUGUGCCCGGCCUGGGUGCCAUGCCUGGCGCCAUGAUUGCGACAAUCCCUAUUCGCAUGCGCUUCAACCCGAACCAGACUGUCAAGAACUUCCUCCAGGACGUUCAGAAUCAAGCCUCGGCCAUGAUUGCCCACGAGCAACUUGGACUGCAGAACAUUGCCAGGCUUGGACCAGAUUGCAAGGAAGCGUGUGACUUCACUUCUCUAAUGGUCAUCCAACCGUUGCAGCAAAUGGGACUCAGCAGCAGCACUGACAAUGAUCUGUUGCUGCCUGGGCGAUCUGACAGCAGCUCCAUCGAAGAGUCGAUGCAAGGCUUCUUCUCCUACCCAUUGGUCAUGCAGGGAGCGCUCGCAGACAACAAGCUCGAACUCUUCCUCAUCUGGGAUGCUUCGAUUCUCAAGGAGCCACAGAUGCAGGCCAUGGCUCAUCAAUAUGAGAAGAUUGUCAACAGUCUGCUGAAGCAGGACAACACGCCACUGCGCGACCUGGUCAUGACAUCUGACUACGAUGUCGAACGUGCCAUGCAGUACCGCGGCAGCGAUCCCACCAUUGUCGAAGACUGCAUUCAUAAUUUCGUGGCUCGUCAAGCAGAAGAGCGCCCUGACACCAUUGCUGUCCACGGCUGGGAUGCCCAGUUGACCUACAGACAGCUCAACAAUGCUGCCAACCGACUCGCAAAUUACCUCAUCAACAAGCACAACGUCAAGGUGGGCGAUAUUGUGCAUCUACUCUUCGAGAAGUCUGUCUGGUACAUCGUUGCAUUGCUCGCCGUCAACAAAGCCGGAGCUGCGUGGGCCCCAAUCGACCCGAGACACCCUCAGCACCGUAAGGAGCAGAUUACGUCCCAGACCCAAGCCAAGGUGGCCUUGUCCUCUCAUCUACACGCGGCCGCCUUUGAGAAGCUGGUUCCAAACGUGGUCGUUGUCAAUGCAUCUCUCGUCGGCGACUUGAACCGGCCUGGGGAGAACCCCGAGACGGCUGUCACCCCUGAGGACGUGGCAUACAUUCUGUUCACGUCUGGUUCUACUGGUGUACCCAAGGGCUUCGUGAUGGAGCAUCGUAAUCUGAGCACGGCCAUGGCCAACAUCAUUCCGAGGCUCGGCUGCGAUGCCAACUCGACUUUCCUGCAAUUUGCCUCCAAUGUCUUUGACAUGUCGAUUGUGGAGAUGUUUCCAGCACUGACAACAGGCGCAACGUUGUUCGUCCCGUCCGACGAGGUGCGCAGCAACGAUAUUCGUGGCUUCAUCCGUGACCACAAGAUCAAUACCCUUAUACUCACGCCGGCACUUGCAAGAACGAUCAAACCAACAGAAGUACCAUGCGUUCAGAAGCUCGUGCUAGCCGGCGAGGCCGUGUCUCGUGAUGUGUUCGACAGCUGGUUUGGAAAGGUUCGAUUCUUCAAUGGAUGGGGCCCUGCGGAGACCUGUAUCUUCUCAUCGCUGCACGAGUACACAUCGCCUCACGAAUCAUCCAGCACAAUCGGCACACCCAUCGGCAGCUAUCUAUACAUUGUUGACCCCGACGACUACCACAAGCUGGCGCCUAUCGGCACGAUUGGAGAGGUCGUGAUCCAGGGCCCAACAACAUCUCGCGAGUAUCUCGCCGCGCCCGACAAGACGGCCGAUUUCUACAAGAAUGACCUCCCUGCCUGGGCACCUCGACAAGACGAAUGGGGCUUCCGUCGUUUCUACCGGUCGGGUGAUCUUUGCUACUUCAACGCUGAUGGCACGCUGGAAUAUGCCAGCCGUAAGGAUACGCAGGUCAAGAUCCGAGGUCUGCGUGUCGAGCUCGGUGAAGUUGAACACAACGUCCUGCGCACCCUGCCUGGGGUCGAGACUGUCAUUGUCGAUGUGCUACGCAACGAGACCGGCACCAACCUCGUCACUUACUUUUCCUUCAACGAGGACAACAGGACUGCCGGAGUUGACCUCGAUCCCGCCAUGAGGGAUAUGUUUGGAUCAAUCACCCCCGAACUCGAGGGUCAAUUGGUCACGAUGGUGGGUGAGCUGAAGGUGGCCCUGCCAAGCUACAUGGUUCCGUCCCUCUUUGUCCCGUGUAACUACAUGCCCUUCAACACCUCUGCCAAGCUCGAUCGGAAGGCUUUGGGACAGCAUAUCAAGACGCUCUCCAAGGAAGAGCUGCAUCAAUAUGCUCUCAUCAGCGGCAAGAAGCGUGCCCCCGAGACAAAGGCUGAGAAGCAGAUGCAAAUCCUCUGGUCCAAGAUCCUUCAACUACCCACCGAGUCCAUUGGUCGUGACGACAGCUUCAUGGGUCUCGGCGGAGACUCUAUUACCGCCAUGUCACUUGUCUCCGAGGGCCGUAAGCAAGGACUUGCUAUCACCGUGCAAGAUAUCUUUAGCGACCCCCGCCUCUCAGCUGUCGCGACCAAAGCUACGGGCACAGACUACGAGGACUAUCAAGUCUCUCCUUUCGAGCUUGUUGCCGACAAGCACCGCGAGCUCGUCGUGGGCGAUGAAGUCCGCAAACAGUGCAUGCUUGAACCCGGCCAGCAAAUCGAGGACGCUUACCCGUGCACGUCUGUCCAGGAAGGCUUGAUGGCGCUCGCUGUCAAGGAUCCCGGCUCGUACAUUGGCAAGCACGUUUACAAGCUAGGCUCCAACAUUGAUCCUUCUCGCUUCAAGAAGGCUUGGAAGCGCACUGUUGAGAUCUGUGGCAACCUGCGUACCCGCAUUGUGGACGUUGGCGGCUCUUUCUACCAAGUCCUCCUUAAGCCUGACUUUAGGUGGGAGGCCACUGAGGGCAUGGACGUGAAGUCCUACCUGAAAAAGACGGAGAGCCUUGAGAUGCGUUAUGGCACCCCGCUGUGCAGAUACGCCCUCUUCCACGACCAAUCCGGCGAGUACUACUUCGUCCUCGUUCUUCAUCACGCUGUGUCUGAUGGUUUCUCGCUGGUUGUCAACAUGUCGACCCUCGAGAGCGCCUAUGCUGGUGAGGAAACCAUUGAACUACAGCCAUAUGCCUCCUUUAUCGAGUACGUCGUCAACCAGGAUCAGGACGCCGCUCGCGAGUUCUGGGCCGCCCAGCUCGAGGGCGCUAAGCAGGCAACCUUCCCUCCUACCAACCCAGUGCCCGGUCAAGGAGAGAAGAAGGUUAGCAUUCUGCGACGCGACAUCAACUUCCCGAAGCGUGGCAACAAUUCUAUCACUAAGGCUUCCGUCAUCCGCGCUGCUUGGGCCAUUCUGCUUGGACGCUACUCAGACCAAGACGACGUAACUUUUGGCACUACAGUCUCCGGUCGACAAGCCCCUGUUCCCGGGCUCGAGACCGUCGUUGGCCCGGCCGUCGCCACUGUCCCUGUUCGCGUUCGCUUGGAUCAAACGAAAACGAUCUCGAGCUUCCUCAAGGCUAUCCAGAAACAAGCGUCUGACAUGAUUCCCCAUGAGCAGUUUGGUGUCAGGCGCAUCAUGCAAAUCAGCGAGACAGCGAGGGAGGUCUGCGACUUUUCCUCGUUGCUCGUCAUCCAGCCCAUGCAGAAGCUGGAUACCGAUGUCAACCCGGACGCUGUCCUGACGUCGGACAUUGAGAAGCUGUCCAUCGAGUCCUCACUCGAGGGAUACUUUACAUAUCCCCUCGUCAUCGACGCACUGGUCUACGACGAGGGUGUCGAGCUUUUGUGCUCUUACCGAACCGAUGUUAUCACCGAGGCGCAAAUAGAUGCCCUUAGUCGCCAAUUCAACCACGUCGUCUCGCAACUCAUCGCCCAGACAGAUCAGCCGCUCCAUUUUGUCACCGUGGCUGGUCCCUGGGAUCUGGAGCGCGCCAUGAGCUUCAACAGGGAUGUGCCAGAAGUUGUUGACGCUUGUAUCCAUGAUCUGAUUUCGAAGAAGGCGGCCGAGCAACCUCACCACCAGGCUGUCUUCUCCAGCGAAGGGUCCUUCACAUAUGCCGAGCUUGAUCGACUGUCCACUCAGUUGGCUAUCUAUCUUGCGCAGAUGGGUGUCAAGGUCGAGACGAUGGUCCCCUAUUGCUUCGAAAAGAGCAGAUGGACGAUAGUAGCGGUGCUUGCCAUCCUCAAGGCCGGUGGCAUAUUUGUCCCCCUCGACCCCUCGCACCCCAAGGGUCGUCGGCAGCAGAUCGUUGGCGAGACCAAGGCCGAGGUCUUGCUGGUCUCUCCCACUACAGCCGAGAAAUGUUCCGAUCUAGUAUCUCAUCUUGUGGUACUGGAUUCGGACCUAAUCUCCCGCAUUGCUCAGACAAUAGAUGAGCUCGCCCAGCCGCCAGCAAAGGUUGCGUCGUCCAACGCGGCCUAUGUACUCUUCACCUCCGGCUCCACGGGCAAGCCAAAGGCUAUUGUUGUCGAGCAUUCCGCUCUUUGCGGCAGCGUCCUUGGCUAUGGACGCGCCUACCACAUGAGCCCUUCCAGCCGUGUGCUGCAAUUCUCUAGUUACGUCUUCGACGUUAGCUUAUCCGAGAUGCUCGAAACCUUGGUCUUUGGCGGUACCAUAUGCACACCUACCGACCAGCAACGACUCGAGGGCCUCACUGGCUUUAUCAACGAGGCCAACGUAAACACGGCGAUGCUGACCUCGUCAUUCCUCAAGACUAUUGAUCCAACCGAGGUUCCCACUAUCGACAUGCUCAUGUUGGUGGGUGAGGCCCCGACAAAAGACGCUCUUCAGACAUGGCAGCCUCGUGCGCGCGUCAUCAACGCCUACGGUCCUUCCGAGGUGUCAAUCUUCAUCGGCUCGCAUGAGUACGAGUCACCAAACGAGCAACCAACCAACGUCGGAACGGCGUUCACGGGGAACAUGUGGAUCGUGGAGACGGAUGACUAUAACAAGCUGACGCCCAUUGGAUGCGUUGGCGAGAUCCUUAUCCAGAGGAACAUGGCUCGCGGCUAUCUCAAUGAUCCGGAGAGGACCAACGCCUCCUUUAUCCGCCAUGUCGAUUUCCUCCCUGCUGUCGAGACCAGCAGCCCGAUCAAGUUCCACAAGUCGGGUGACCUCGCCCGCUACAAUGCUGAUGGCACCAUCGAAUACCUUGGCCGUCGCGAUACCCAAGUCAAGCUUCGCGGGUAUCGUAUUGAGCUUGGUGAGAUCGAGUACAACAUCCAGCUUUCACUCGCCAACACCGAAUACGCUGCAGCUGAUGUGGUCAACAUUGGUGGUCGGGACAUACUUGUGGGCUUUAUGAGCUUCAAUGUGCCUGUCGAAGAAGGCGAGGGGGGUGAAAUCCACGUGCCCGACAACACGAUCCCAUUGAGUGCCAAUCUCAAAAGGAUCUUUGGUAGCCUGAUUGAGGACCUCGAGAAUGUCCUACCUACCUACAUGGUACCGUCGCUGCUUCUGCCAUUACGCAAGAUGCCCUUCAACACGUCACUCAAGCUUGAUAGGGCUGUUCUUCGUCAGCUCGCCGCCAGCCUGACGCAAGAACAACUUUCACUGUUCUCCUUGUCGACCGACGAGCGCAUUGAGCCUACCACGGAAAUGGAAUUCAAGUUGCGCGAGCUAUGGGCGCAGGUGAUCAAGGUUGAGCCAGGGAGCAUCAGCAAGAACGACAGUUUCCUGCAGAUUGGUGGCGACUCCAUGUCUGCAAUUCGACUUGUUUCCCUGGCUCAGAAGGAGAACAUCAGUCUCAGUGUUGCUGAGAUCUUUGCCAACCCCCGCCUCUCCAGCAUGGCUAUCAAGGCUACGGGUGCUGGCGCUGUCAAGACCUAUGAAGCGCCACCCUUCAGCAUGCUGCACGUCUCCAAAGAAGAGGCCUUGGUGCGGAUCAGGAAGCAAUGCGACCUUCAGGACAACCAGGCUAUUGACGACGCAUUCCCUGCCACAGCACUCCAAGAGGGCCUGAUGGCGCUGGCCGUCAAGCAGUCAGGCUCUUACACUGCCCAGGUCAUGUUCCGCAUUGCUGAUACAGUGGACCUGGCUCGCUUCCGUGCCGCAUGGGAGCGCACUGUCGAGCUUUGCACGAACCUCCGUACCAGGAUUGUCAACUUCCAGGGGGCCACUCUGCAGGUCCUUGUUGGCAACGACGACGCAUGGGAGCCUACCCACAGCCUGAGCGUCAAGUCAUUCCAGGAUGAUAUCAACUCUACCCCGAUGGUAUACGGCUCGCGCCUCGCGAGAUACGCCAUCGUCCAAGACAGGGGCAAGCAGUAUUUCAUGCUGGCCAUGCAUCACACCAUCUACGAUGGAUGGACCAUGAGCCUUGUGGUCAGGACGCUGAUGUCUGCUUACCUCGGAACUCCCAUGGCGCCCCUCUACCCCUACGCCAAUUUUGUCAAAUACACACGCGAGAUGGACGAGACGGCUGCCCGCGAGUUCUGGAAGACGCAACUGGCUGGCGCUACUCAAGCUAGUUUCCCUCCAACCACGAAGCCAGCCAAGAGCAUAACGCGGACUGUCCAUAGGGAUAUUUUGUUCCCUAAGUCAACGGAUGCGUCCAUUACAAAGGCUACCAUUGUCCGCGCUGCGUGGGCCAUUAUCCUGGCUCGCUAUUGCGAUACAGAUGAUGUGUCGUUUGGUAUGACCAUGUCCGGUCGUCAAGCGCCUGUCCCGGGGUUGAGCGAUAUGCCUGGUGCCGCCAUUGCGACCGUGCCUGUCCGCGUUCGUUUCGAGGAGAGGACCAUCCCCGAGCUCCUGCAGAGUGUGCAGAACAAGGCUACCGAAAGCAUUGCCUAUGAGCAGUUUGGUCUGCACAACAUUGCCAAGAUCAACUCGGAGACGCAAGAGGCUUGCAACUUUAGCAGCUUGCUUGUGGUCCAGCCCUUCUCCCCUGUCGCGGCCAUGAGUGACAGUCCUGAUGCGGUCCUGCUCCCUGUCGAGAAGGAAGAGUCUGGCGACAACACGUUUGAGGGCUACUUCAACUAUCCCCUUGUUAUUCAGUCUUACGUGUCAGAGAACGAGACAACCUUGGGAUUCACUUAUGACGAGGCUGUCAUCCCUGCCGCGCGCCUCGAAGCCCUGUGUCAACAUUUCGACCACGUCAUUCAGGAACUUGUCCCCGAGAACAACAAGCCUCUGGCGGAUCUGUCCAUUGCCUCUAAUUGGGAUCUCCAGAAAGCUAUUGAGUGGCAAGGCGAAGCGCCCGAAGUGAUCAACCGCUGCUGGCAUGAGCUCUUUGAAGACCACGCGGCCUCCCAGCCUGAUGCUGUUGCUGUCAAUGGCUGGGAUAAGUUUUUCACCUAUGGUGAUCUCAACGCCACCGCCAACCGCCUCAGCCACUACCUUGUCAAGGAACUCGACGUGCAGAAGGAGGAUCGCGUUUUGGUGUGUAUGGAAAAGUCCGCUUGGCACACAGUCUGCUUGCUAGCCAUUGGCAAAGCUGGCGCAACCUGGGUGCCUCUGGAGCCCUCGCACCCUCAGUCUCGCCAAGCUUACAUCGUUGAACGCACUGGUGCCAAGGUCGUUCUCACUUCGCCUACAUAUCAGCAAGCCUGCUCCGAGUUCAUCGACACCGUGGUCCAGGUGACUUCUGCCCUCGAUGAAGAACUAUCCCAAGACCCAACUACGAGCCUGAGCGGUCCCGUUACAGACAUAUCGCCACGGACUGCAUCCCACAUUUUGUUUACUUCCGGCAGCACGGGUGUGCCGAAGGGAUACAUUAUCGAGCACCGUUCUCUCGUGACCAGCCAGGUUGCCAUGUGGAAGAGGCUCCGCAUGACUCCGUCGGUACGCAUGCUCCAAUUCGCGUCUUAUGUAUUCGACAUGAGCGUCAGCGACACUAUCGGCUCCAUGAUGCUGGGCGCUUCUAUCCAUGUUCCCUCGGAAGAUACCCGUAUGAAUGGUCUAGUCGACUAUGUCAACGCCAACAACAUCAACUGGCUCUUCUUCACACCUGCCUUUGCGCGCACCCUGCGUCCAGAGGACAUGCCGCAGGUCGAGUUCAUGGUUGUCGGUGGCGAGGCCAGUGCCCAGGAUCUCCUGGAUAACUGGUUCGGCAAGGUUCGACUGGUCAAUGCUUGGGGUCCUGGCGAGACAACUGUGUGCUCCGCUCUAUGGGAGUACCAGUCAAAGAACGACUCGCCCGCCAACAUUGGUCGCCCCGUUGGCGCCCACUGUUGGAUCGUGGACCCCAAGAAUCCGAUGCGUUUGGCCCCCGUGGGCACCAUUGGUGAAAUCGUCAUCCAAGGCCCUACCUUGAUGAGGGAGUAUCUUGGUGACGAGGAAAAGACCCGCGCUGCGGUGAUUGCACCACCUGAAUGGGCACCUCGACGAAACGAGGAGGGCUGGGAUCGCAUGUAUCUCUCGGGCGAUCUUUGCUCAUACAACCCAGACGGUACUAUUGAAUACCUGUCUCGCAAAGAUACGCAGACCAAGAUCCGCGGUCUUCGUGUGGAGUUGGGCGAAGUCGAAUACCACCUCCACGAGAACCUGCCAGGAGUCCGUCAAGUUGCUGUCGACGUAUUGAAAUCGGACGCCGGAGCGACCUUGGUGGCGUAUUUCUGCUACAAUGACGAGACGCGCCAGUCCGCAACAGCUGACGACCUCUUUAUGGAACUCACGCCCGAUCUUCAGGCACAGAUCACCGAGAUGGUGGGCAAGUUGCAGGUCAUCCUACCUGGUUAUAUGGUGCCCACCGUCUUCAUCCCAAUGUGCUUCAUGCCGUUCGGCACGUCGCACAAGCUUGACAGAAAGACACUCAAGCAGUUGACUGCCGAGCUUUCCCAGAAGGAAUUGGCUGGAUACUCACUAGUCGACGCUGAGAAGAGAGCCCCUGAGACCGAGAUGGAAGAGCGUCUGCAGACCAUCUGGGCCGAGAUCCUGAAUCUACCCAAGGACAGCAUUGGUCGUGACGAUAGCUUCCUUCGCAUCGGUGGCGACUCGAUCAGCGCUAUUUAUCUGGUCACAGCUGCUCGCGAGUACGGCAUCCAAUUGUCGGUCAAGGACAUCUUUGAUGAUCCUCGUUUAUCUGCCGUGGCCGAGUCCGCUGUCGAGACCAAAGGCACCGGUCCCAAAGAAGACAUGAAGCCAUUCGAGCUCUUGAGUGAUGCCCUGAAGCCUGCAGCUUUGUCGCAGUCUGUCCGCGACCUUUGUGGCUUGUCAGACGAGCAGGUGAUCGAGAACGCCAUGCCCGUGACAGCCUUGCAAGAAGGCCUCAUGGCCCUCGCUGUCAAACAACCAGGCUCCUACAUUUCCAAGUGGGUCUAUAAACUUGGAAGCCAUGUGGACGUUGUCAAGUUCAAGGCAGCCUGGGAGGAAACUGUCAGGCGCUGCAGCAACCUUCGGGUUCGCAUCCUCCGCACAAACAACACAACGAUCCAGAUCACUGUCAAGGACGAUGUGACCUGGGAGGAAACGGAAGGUCUGAGUCUCGGAGCUGUCAUUCGCCAAGCGAACCAGUUUGAGAUGACAAUGGGCUCGCGUCUCAGCCGGUAUGCGCUGGUCAAGGAGCAAAACUCUGACGUUCAUCACUUCAUUGUUGCCGCCCACCACGCCGUGUUCGAUGGCUGGGCACAGCGCCUCAUCCUCGGCACCCUCGUCGACGUUUAUACCGAGACGUACAGCAUGAACCUGCAGCCUUUCGACCGCUUUAUCAAAUACACCCGCGACAUGGACGGCCAAGCUGCUCAGCAGUACUGGCUGGAACAGCUGCGAGAUGCCAGGAAGUGCAGCUUCCCGUCAACAUCCAAGCAGGGCAAGGGCGCCAGUGCCACGAAGAUUAUUACCAAGAUCAUUGAUCUUCCGGACACCCCUGAGCUGUCUAUCACCAAGGCCUCGGUGAUCAGGGCGGCUUGGGCCAUGGUCCUAGCCCGCUACUGCGACACAGACGAUGUCACAUUUGGCACGUCUGUUUCUGGUCGACAGGCCCCUGUGCCAGGGUUGGGUGAAAUGGCCGGCCCCGUGGUAGCCACGAUACCCGUGCGUGUCAAACUCGAUCGUACCCAAAACGUGGCUGCAUUCUUGAAGGCUAUCCAGUCACAGGCCACUGAAAUGAUUGCUUAUGAGCAAUACGGUCUGCAAAACAUCCAGAAACUGGACGCCGAGAUACAGGAUGCCUGUGAUUUCAGCAGCUUGCUCGUUGUCCAGCCUUUCCAGAGAAUGGGGAUGAUGGGGAGCGACUCGGAUUCUCUGUUGUUGGCCCCUGACAUCGACUCUGACCUUACCGAAAGUAACCUGGAGGGCUACUUCAGCUAUCCUCUGGUCAUGCAGACAAUCAUUUACGAUGACAAGAUUGCGCUGAACUUGACCUGCGACUCCUCGCUGGUGGCUGAGCCACAGAUGAACGCCAUCCUGGAGCAGACCGAGCAUGUCAUCCACUCUCUUCUUUUUCAGACGGAGAGUGAGGUCGGAAGCGUCACCGUCGCUGGCGAUUGGGACUUUGAACAGGCCAAGAAGAGCAAUGCUGAGAUUCCCGAGAUUGUGAAUUCGACCUUCCAUGACAUGGUGGCCGAACAGGCCAGACUGCGUGCUGAUGCGAUCGCCAUCAACGCCUGGGACGCCAAGCUCACGUACAAGGACUUCAACGAUGCCGCUGAGCGACUGGCUUCGGUCCUGAUCUCGGACCACAACCUGCAGCCCCGUGAUCUUGUUCACGUGUGCUUCGAGAAAUCGGCAUGGCACUUUGUGUCCAUCCUCGCGAUCAACAAGGCCGGCGGAACUUGGGUGCCUCUCGAUCCCUCACAUCCCCACCAGCGAUUGGAACAGGUUGUGUCGCAAACCGGAGCCAAGCUUGUCUUGACCUCGCCUCAGAACUCCCAUAUUUGCCGUGAUCUCUUGCCUCAAGUGGUCGAAAUCACUUCCGAGUUCGUGGACAACCUGGAGGUCCCGAGCAAAGAGCUCCCCAAUGUGUCGCCAUCUGAUGCUGCUUACGUUCUUUUCACCUCCGGCAGCACUGGCACGCCAAAGGGCCUCGUCAUGGAGCAUGUCUCUGUCUGUACGAGUCAGACCGCCAUCGCCAAGCGACUACGCCUGACACCCGAGGUCAACAUGUUACAAUUCGCUGCCUUUGUCUUCGACCUAUCCAUUGGUGAGAUCGUGGGCCCGUUGAUUCAUGGCGCUACCCUGAGCAUCCCUUCAGAGUCCAUUCGCAUGAAUGGUCUUACCGACUUCAUCCGUGACAACAAGGUCACAUGGUCAUACCUUACCCCAGCCUUCGCUCGCACCCUCAAGCCUGACAUGGUUCCGUCGCUGGAACUACUGUUGUUCGCUGGCGAAGCCGUGCCCAGGGACGUGUUUGAGACUUGGUUCGGAUCCGUGCGUCUAGUCAACGGCUGGGGCCCUGCCGAAACCUGUUGUUUCUCGACCCUCCACGAGUGGAAGAGUGCCGACGAAUCGCCCCUGACGAUCGGUCAGCCCGUCGGCUCUUUCUGCUGGGUCGUGGAGCCGGGCAAUCCUCACAAGCUGGCGCCUACCGGUACGCUCGGCGAAGUCGUCUUGCAAGGCCCGACGCUCUUACGCGAGUAUCUCGCCAACCCUGAAAAGACUGCCGAGACGACGGUGUACCAGCUGCCCGACUGGGCACCCAACUCGAGCGACUCCCACUGGAACCGCUUCUAUAAAUCAGGGGAUCUCUGCUUCUACAAUGCAGACGGCUUCCUCGAGUUCAGCAGCCGCAAGGACACACAAGUCAAGAUUCGUGGCCUUCGUGUUGAAUUAGGUGAAGUCGAGCACCAUGUCCGGUCCAACCUGCCUGAUGUCCGCCAACUAGCCGUGGACGUGUUCAAGGGAGAAAAGGGCACCAAUCUCGUGGCAUAUUUCUGCUACUCUGAUGAGAGCCGCACCGCCAGCAGCAGCACGACCUACGAGGACAUGUUCCUCCCGAUCGAUGCCAAGCUGAACCGCCAGCUGUCUGCCCUCGUAGGCAAGCUCGGCGUGUCUCUACCGCGGUAUAUGAUCCCAACACUUUUCGUGCCCUGCAAGUUCAUGCCCUUUAUCACAUCAACCAAAUUGGACAGGAACACGCUGCGCGCCGAGACCAGCAAGUUGGACAACGCCCAGUUGAACAACUACGCACUGCUUGAUGGAAAGAAGCGAGGCCCUGCCAAUCCCACAGAAGCCCGUCUCCAGCACAUCUGGGCUGAGCUGCUCAACAUUCCCGUUGAAUCAAUUGGUCGCGACGAUAGUUUCCUUCGCAUCGGCGGUGAUUCUAUUGCGGCCAUCCAGCUUGUCAGUGCCCUUCGCGAGAACGGUCUGCAAGUCGCCGUCAAGGACAUCUUUGAUGAUUCGCGACUGUGUGCUGUGGCGGAGAAGACAGUCGAGACGGACCUCGCCGAUGCUUCCUCUCAGCAGAUCGAGCCAUUUGGUUUGCUGAGCAUGCCUGCGUCGGUCAUUGACAAGGUAGUCCGUGAGGAGGCUGGUCUGAAGCCCUCUCAAUCCGUUGUCGACGCGUACCCAUGUACUUCUCUGCAAGAAGGACUCAUGGCGCUCUCUACUACACAGCCUGGAUCAUACAUUGCCCGCUACAGUUUCAAGCUAGCCUCCAAUGUCGACGUCAACCGGUUCAAGGCUGCGUGGGAGCGUACCAUGAUAAAGUGUUCCAACCUACGCACUCGGAUUGUCAUGGUGGGCGGCCAGUGCGUGCAGGCCAUCAUCAACGAGGACAUCAGCUGGGAGACUGUGCACACGGACAGUCACCGCGAGUUUAUGAAGUACGCCAAGACCGUGGAGAUGACCUAUGGCUCUCCCCUGAACCGCUACGCUCUCAUCACAGAGCCCAGCGGUGACAACUACUUCACAUGGGUGGUGCACCACACCACCUACGACGGGUGGACGCUUCGUCUUCUGCUCGGCACACUGUAUGCCGAGUUUACGGGAACGCAGGGGUUCAAACUCCAGCCAUAUUCUGGCUUCAUCCGUUUCGUGCAGUCCAUAGACCGCGAGGCGGCCAGGACUUUCUGGUCGAGCCAACUUGAGGGCGCCAGGAAGGCGACCUAUCCUCCCACCAACAAGGUCCGAUCAGGCAACGGAACGCGUGUGAUGAACACGACUAUCAACUUCCCCCGCACCAUGGACUCUUCCAUCACAAAGGCCACGAUCCUGAGGGCGACGUGGGCCAUGGUCCUCGGCCGCUACAGCGAUGCUGACGACGUCACGUUCGGCACAACCAUCAGUGGUCGCCACGCACCUGUGGCUGGUCUCGCCGACAUGCCUGGACCCAUGGUCGCGACGGUGCCCGUGAGAAUCAGACUUGAUCCCGAGACUGAUGUGCAUACCUUCCUCAAGGGCGUGCAGGACCAGGCCACGGACAUGAUUGCUUUUGAGCAGUUUGGCAUACAGAACAUUGCCCGCAUCAGCCCUGAAGCACAGGAGUCCACCGACUUUUCCUCCCUUCUGGUGAUCCAACCCUUCCAGCAGAUGUUUUCUGCUGGCAACGAGACCGAGGAGGAUGCCUGGCUUCUUCCUGCGGAAGGCGCGUCCGCCUCUGAUGGCGAUGACGAGACUGACGAGUCUAUGGAGGGCUACUUUAGCUACCCGCUGGUGGUUCAGGGGCAGGUCGCCGACUCUCACGUGAAGCUACAGCUGAUCUACGAUUCGGAUGUCCUCUGCAAAGAGCAGAUGUCUGCCCUGUAUGCACAAUUCAACCACGUGACGCAGCAACUUAUCGAAGGCGCUGCUUCAUCCCUCAAGGACAUUGACGUUGCCUCGAGCAUGGAUCUUGAGCUGGCCUACAAGUUCAACCCCGAGGUCCCUGAGCUCAUUGACUCGACUUUCCACGGCCUCUUCGCCCAGCAGGCUGCUCUUCGACCUGACGACGUGGCUGUCCGAGCUCACGAUGGAGUGAUGACCUACGACCAACUCAACAAGGCCUCCAACCGCCUUGCUCACCACCUGAUUGAGCAAGGCGUCAAGCAGCAUGACCUCGUCCAGGUGUGCUUUGAGAAGAGUAUCUGGCAUAUUGUGUCUAUUCUGGCUAUCAACAAGGCCGGUGCGGCCUGGGUUCCCCUUGAUCCUGGGCACCCGGAGCAACGCCAGCGCCAGAUUGUCGAUCAAACGGGCGCUACUAUCGCUCUCACGUCUGCGGACAACCUUGAGCUUUGCUCGAAGCUGGUCGACAAGGUCAUCAAGGUCUCCGCUCACCUCGACCAACAGCUUGUCUCGGAUGUUGCCUUAGAUGUCGCCCCGGAUAUCGAGGUGCGUCCUGAGGAUGCCAUCUAUGUGCUCUUUACGUCCGGAUCAACGGGUACGCCCAAGGGUCUGGUUAUGGAGCAUGGGGCUGUCUGUACCGCCCAGACAGCCUUUGCCAAACGCCUUGGCUUGACGCCCGACGUCAAUCUACUGCAGUUCGCCUCCUUUGUCUUUGAUUUCUCAGUUGGCGAAAUCGUCGGUCCAUUAAUUACAGGCGCGACCGUCUGCGUGCCGUCCGACCACACGAGGAUGAACAACUUGACCGAGUACAUCAACGAGGCCAACAUUACAUGGCUCUUCCUCACGCCUGCCUUUGCUCGUACUAUCGUACCGGCAAGCGUACCGAACGUCAAGCUGCUUUGUCUUGGUGGCGAGGCUGUCACGCGCGAUGUGCUUGAGAACUGGUUUGGACACGUCCGCCUCUUCAAUGGCUGGGGGCCGUCCGAAACUUGUGUCAUCUCCAUCAUGCACGAGUUCACCUCGAUAGAGGAUAGCCCCUUGACCAUCGGACGUCCAGUGGGAGGCUUUGCCUGGAUCGUAGACCCCAACGAUCCGCAAAAGCUCGCCCCUGUCGGCACCAUAGGAGAGGUCGUCAUCCAGGGUCCCAAUCUCCUGAGGGAGUACCUGGCUGAUCCCAAGCGCACAGCCGAAGCCUUGGUACCGACACCACCGGAAUGGGCGCCUCGCACGAAUCUCAAGCCAUGGGCCAAGUUCUACAAGUCUGGUGACUUGUGUAGCUACAACCCCGAUGGUACGAUUGACUUCUCUAGCCGCAAGGACAAGCAGGUCAAGAUUCGCGGGCUCCGAGUUGAACUCGGUGAGAUUGAGCACCAUGUUGGCGCUCAACUCCCUGGCGUGAGCCAAGUUGUCGUUGAUGUAUUCAAGGGCGACAAGGGGGCGACUUUGGUCACCUACUUCUGCUUCGACAAGGCCACGUGUGGUUCGGCGCAGGGUGCCGAUAUGUUCAUGCCGAUCGACAGCGACCUGCAGAAGACACUGACGGCCAUGGUGGGUGAGUUGAGCGUCACGCUUCCGAGGUACAUGGUGCCUACGCUCUUCGUGCCCUGCAAAUACAUGCCCGUCGUGACGUCUGGCAAGCUCGACCGCAACGGUCUGCGUUCGCGUCUCGAGCAGCUCGACAGGACAGCGUUGGCCGAGUAUGCCCUCAUGACUGGUGAGAAGCGUGCCCCUGACACGCCUGUUGAGAUGCAGCUGCAGAAGAUUUGGGCCCAACUGUUGGAUAUCCCCGAGUCCACGGUUGGGAAAGACGAUGCUUUCCUCCAGAUUGGUGGCGACUCUAUCCUGGCGAUCCAGCUUGUGUCGCGCGCUCGCGAGAGUGGCAUCUCUAUCACCGUCAAGGAUGUUUUUGAUGACUCGCGGCUUUGCAGCGUCGCCGCCAAGGCUUCCUCGGUCGAUGUCGAUACCGACGGCGACAACAUUCCCCCCUUCAGCUUGCUACCUGCUGAUAUGCGCGAUACCAUCUUGUCAACCGACUCUGUUCACCAGAAGUGCGGCCUCAAUGCGGAUCAAGAGAUCGAGGACGCCUUCCCUACCAUCGCCCUACAAGAGGGUAUGAUCGCUCUCGCCGAGAAGCAGCCUGGCUCGCAUAUUGCCAAGUACGUCUACAAGCUGGCUGAUGAUGUGGACCUCGACAAGUUCCGCGCUGCUUGGGAACGCACAAUUGCCCACUGCGCAGUCCUGCGUACCAGGAUUAUCCAGCUGGGCAGCAGAUCCAUCCAGGUUGUUGUCAACAAAGAUGUCCACUGGGAGCAAUCCUCAUCAGACGCCGCCCCCUUCGUCAGGGAGGUCUCUGCCAUUCCCAUGGGCUAUGGUCGCCGCCUCAGCCGCUACGGGCUCGUUCGUGAGGCCGACGCCAACUACUUCUGCUGGGUGGUCCAUCACUCGGUCUACGAUGGUUGGUCAUCUCAGCUCGUUAUCCGCACUCUCUUCUCCUGCUACUAUGGAGAAGAAGACGAAGACCUUGGUCUGACCCCUUACGCUGCCUUUGUCAAGUAUGUCAUGAGCGUUCCCGAGGAGCAGACCAAGGCAUUCUGGCGCAACCAGCUCGAAGAUGCCACCCGUGCGAGCUGGCCUCCUACCACCCCCAAGUCGGGCGCCAGCAAGUCGACUAGCACCGCCAAGAUCCUCGUUAAGAACAUUGACUUCCCCAAGACGGACAGUGGCAUCACCAAGGCCACCAUCUUGCGCGCCGCGUGGGCUGUCGUCUUGGCCCGCUACUGCGAGAACGAGGAUGUCACCUUUGGCACGACAGUAUCAGGCCGACAGGCGCCUGUUGCCAAUUUGUCAGAGAUGCCCGGUCCGACGCUGGCCACAGUGCCCAUCCGAGUCCGUCUCGACAGCCAGCAGACCAUCUCAGGCUACCUGCAGCAAAUCCAGAACCAGGCCCUCGAGAUGAUUCCAUAUGAGCAAUACGGUCUGCAGAACAUCAACAAGCUCGGACGUGACGUUGAGGAGGCGACCGCCUUCUCGUCCCUCCUGGCCGUGCAGCCUGCGCAGCAAUUCGCCGGCAUGAUUGGCGACGCCUACUCGCUGCUCAUGCCUGACACGACCGAGAAGAUCAGCGUCGAGGAGGCCAUGGAGGGCUACUUCACCUUCCCGCUCGUGGUCCAAGGCCGGGUCUUUGACAGUGCUGUCGAUUUCGUACUCACAUACAACUCCGACAUCCUCAGCGAGAACCAGAUGACAGCCCUUUCAGAGCAAUACGCCAACGUCGUGCGGCAGCUUCUCUCUGAAAGCGACGAACCCCUGUCUACACUCGCCGUCGCAGGCGAAUGGGACGUUCAGAAGGCACACGAGUUCAACAGUCACACGAUUGACGUCUAUGACAAGACAUUCCACGAAAUGGUGGAAGAAGUUGGCCGUGGCCAGCCUGAUGCCUGGGCUGUGCGCUCCUGGGACGGGGAGUUCACAUACGCAGAGCUCAACCGUGCUGCAAACCGCCUAGCGCACCAUCUUGUGAACGACUAUGGUGUGCAGGUCGGUGAUCUGAUCAUGCUCUGCUUCAACAAAUCCGCCUUGUACCAGGUGGCCAUCCUGGCCAUCAAUAAGGCCGGUGGUGCUUGGGUGCCUGUCGAUCCCUCGCACCCGCCUGCUCGUAAGCAGCAGAUUGCCGACCAGGUCCAUUCCAAGGUGGCCCUUGUCUCUCCUGGCAACCUCGAGCUCAUGGUCGGUCUCGCAGGGAGUGUGUUGGCUGUCGACAUAUCCCUCGACAGACAACUCCAGUCCAGCAUUGGCCCCGGUGAACAGGGACCGUCUGUUACUGUCACCCCCAAGGACAUUGUCUACGUCUUCUUCACAUCUGGUAGCACUGGAACGCCCAAGGGAUUCGUCAUUGAACACCAUUCGCUGUGCACCAGUCAGAUGAAUAUUUGGAAGACUCUGCGGAUGCUCUUUGGCAAGGCUCGAACACUUCAAUUCGGCUCGCAUGUCUUUGACAUUUCCGUCGCGGAGAUUGUCAGCACCUGGUUCUUUGGUGGCUGUCUGUACGUUCCUGACGACGAGACGCGCAUGAACAACAUUGUCGAGUACAUCAACAACUGGGAGAUUAACUGGGCACUCCUCACACCCGCCUUUGCCCGCGGCUUCAAGCCCAAGGACGUCCCGUCUCUCGAGUUCCUGCUUGUUGGCGGUGAAGCCUGCACGCAGGACAUUCUCGACGCUUGGAAGAACGAAGUCCAGCUCGUCAACGCCUGGGGCCCUGCUGAGACCACAUUCGCCAACACAGCUCAUGAGGUUGGCCCCAACAGCACGCCCGGUACCAUCGGUAGCCCCGUCGCUGCGUACGUAUGGAUCGUCGAGCCUAACAAUCCUACUCGCCUCGCACCCAUCGGAACCGUUGGUGAGAUUGUCAUCCAAGGUCCCACCAUCAUGAGGGAGUACAUUGGCCUCCCUGACAAGACGGCCGAGGCCAUCCUCGAGAAUCUGCCCCAGUGGGCGCCUCGUCGGACCGAGCCUGACUGGAACCGCUUCUACAAGUCUGGCGAUCUCGCUUCGUAUAACGCCGACGGUACUAUUGAGUUCUCUUCACGCAAGGAUACCCAAGUCAAGAUCCGUGGUCUACGCGUGGAACUCGGUGAAGUGGAAUACCACGUCAAGAACGCUCUCGAGGGCGUCCAGCAGGUCACUGUCGAUGUCUUCAAGUCUGAUGCAGGCGCCAACCUGGUUGCCUACUUCUCCUACGACGAUGUCACGGGUCGACGCUCCGAGUCGUCGCCUUUUGAGCAGCUUACACCCGAGCUGCAGAGCGCCGUGGCAGCGCUGGUUGGUACACUCACCGUCACUCUGCCCUCCUACAUGGUCCCGGCCAUGUUCAUUCCCUGCAGCUUCAUGCCAGUCACGGCAUCAGGCAAGGUGGAUAGGAAGCUCCUCAAGACACUGACCGAGGAGCUGUCCAAGGAAGAGCGGGCUGCUUAUGCUUUGGCAGAGGCCGACAAGAGGCCACCCGAGACGGAGAUGGAGACGCGCAUGCAAAAGCUAUGGUCUGAAGCUCUGAACAUCUCGCUCGAAUCCAUCGGCCGAGACGAUAGCUUCCUCCGUAUCGGCGGUGAUUCUAUCGCUGCCAUCCAGCUUGUGACGCUCGCUCGUGACGCUGGUCUGUCGCUUUCAGUGAAGGACAUCUUCGCCGAUGCACGCCUUUCUACUCUAGCCACCAAGUGCAUCGAGGACACGGGCGGUAUCGUCGAAGAAGUCUCGCCAUUCUCCUUGCUUGGCGAAGAACGCAGGAAGCUUGUCCUCGCCGAAGCGGACAAACACAUUGACAUCCUGGACCAGCGUCACAUCAUCGAGGACGCAUAUCCUUGCACCCCUCUCCAGGCUGGUCUGAUUGCCCUGACCCUCAAGCAGCCUGGAGCCUACAUCAUGAAGCACGUGUACCGCCUCGGCAAGCACAUUGACCUUGCUGCCUUCAAGCUAGCUUGGGAACAGACUGUCGAUAUAUGCUACAACUUACGGACACGUAUGCUCGAUAUGGCCGGUGCACCUGUUCAGAUUGUCGUUUCCAACGAUAUUGCCUGGGAGGAGACGGGUAACAUGGAUGUUAAGGCAUUCAUUGACGCGUCUAGUCUCUUCGAGAUGGGCUAUGGAACUCGCCUCAGUCGCUAUGCCCUCAUCACGGAAGGCGAGGACACCUAUCUGAUCCUCAUCAGCCACCACUCCGUCUUUGAUGGUUGGACAAUGGGCCUCAUCUUGAACAACCUGCGGAGCUUUUAUGAGGGUGCUUCUCCUACCCCCAUGGCGCCUUAUUCCGGCUUCAUUCAGCACGUCCUCAAGAUGGACCACGAGGCGGCUGUCAAUUACUGGAGGGAGCAGCUCACAGGCGCCAAGCGCGCUUCGUUCCCUCCCGAGAUCAAAGCCUCUGAGACUGACGUCUCGCCCAAGAGCAUCACACGUCGCGUGGCCAAGAGCGUGCCAUGGCCCGAGACGCCGCUCGAGCAAGGCAUCACGCGCGCCUCCGUCGUCAGGGCUGCCUGGGCCAUUGUCCUCGCACGCUACUCAGAGACGGACGACGUGACGUUCGGUACCACCGUCUCCGGUCGUACCGCACCCGUGGCAGGACUAGAGCGCAUGCCUGGUCCUGCUUUGGCCACAGUGCCUGUCCGGGUCCGCCUUGACGGCACGCAGUCGGUCAGGGACUUUUUGCACAAUGUGCAGAGCCAGGCCUUUGAGAUGACCUCGUACGAACAGUUUGGCUUGCAAAACAUCUCCAAGCUGGGCGACGAGGUCAAGGAAGCCACCAACUUCCAGACGCUCUUCGUCGCGCAGCCAGCUCAAGGCGGUGACACGGAGAGUGAUGGGGACGAAGCCAUGGUGAGCUCUGCUUCUGACAAGCUGGGCGAUGCCAUGGAUGGUUACCACAGCUACCCUCUUGUGGUGGAGGGUGUCAUUCUCGAAGACUCUGUUGAUUUCUCCCUCGUCUACAACACUCGUGCCCUGUCCGACGCCCGGGUAGAAGCCUUGUCGAACCAUCUCGACCAUGUCGUUCGCCAGCUCUGCAUUGCGGGACAGAAGCCCCUGACCCAAGUCGAGGUUGCUGGCGUCUGGGACCAAAACAAGAUCGCCUCCUGGAACCAGCGCGAGCCCAUGACUGUCGAUGACACUCUUCACGGCUUCUUCAGCAAACAAGCCCAGCGGAUGCCCAACAAGGAGGCUGUGUUUACCACCGCUGGCUCGCUCACCUACGCCGAGCUCGACGACUUGUCGAACAAGUUGGCUACUCACCUUAUCGAGCUUGGUGUCGGCCGCGAGACACCUGUUCCUCUGUGUCUCGACAAGACAAUGUGGGCCAUCGUAGCGCUCUUUGGUGUUAUGAAGUCAGGCGCUGUCUUCAUUCCUCUCGACCCGUCACACCCCAUCGAGCGUCGCCUGGAAAUUAUUGCCCAGGUCAACGCCAAGCACAUGGUGGUCACGCCCGACAACGUCGCCGACUUUAGAGGCGUUGUUCCCACCAUUGUCGAGGUUUCUCUCGAUGCCAUCAGCAAGAUGAAGGCCACUGUGUUGCCUUCUCAACUUCAGGACCGCACCACACCUGCCAACGCGGCCUACAUUCUCUUCUCUUCUGGCUCCACUGGCAAGCCCAAGGGCAUCAUGAUCGAGCAUGGGCCCGUUCUCUCCAGUCUCAUGAACCAGGUGCACGUGUAUGCCCCCGACAACGAGGACGUCCGCUGCAUGCAGUUCUCCAGCUUCGCCUUUGACGCCUCCAUCCUCGAGCUGUGGGCUGCCGUCGGUAAUGGCGGCACGCUCUGCAUGGCGGCCGAGUCAGAGAGGCUGCAGAGCACGGCAGACUUUAUCACCCGUUCGCGCACCAACGUGGCACUCUUCAGUCCCUCGUUUGUGCGCACCAUUCAGCCCGCGCAACUCCCGACGCUCAAGGUGCUGCAGCUUGUCGGCGAGGCAUCCGGUAAGGACAACAUCCAGACGUGGUGCGGCAAGGUCCGACUUCUCAAUGGGUACGGACCGACCGAGGGAUGUAUCAUGAGCGCUGUCAACGAAUGGACGUCCCGCGACGCCUCGCCUACCACGAUCGGACAGUACUUGGCGCAUAGUGCCUACAUUGUGGACGCAGACGACCACAACAAGCUCUCGCCCAUUGGCUGUGUUGGUGAGCUUCUCAUCCAGGGGCGCGCUCUCGCUCGUGGCUACAUUGGCGACGAGGACAAGACCAAGGCCAGCUUCCUGCGUGGCCCCAUGCACUGGAUGCCUGCUUCGCUCAGCCACCGGCACCAGCGCUUCUACAAGACGGGUGACCUGGUCAGCUACAAUGCCGACGGCUCUCUCGAGUACCACGGUCGCGUUGACACACAGGUCAAGGUCCGUGGUCAGCGCAUUGAGCUUGGCGAGGUGGAAGACCGCAUCAUCAAGGCUUCUGACAAGAUCGAGUACGCCGCUGCCGGGGUUAUGAAGCUGGACACCCGCCAGGUUCUGGUGGCGUAUGUCAGCUUCAAGAAAGAGGUGGACAAUGGAGGAGAGGAGGAUGGAUUCUUCUUGCCCUUGGGCGAGGAGAUGCAGGAGUUCCGCGCGGAACUGACGAGCCAGCUGCGGCUGGUUCUGCCAGGGUACAUGGUGCCUACCAUUGUCUUCCCGGUGCGGCAGAUGCCUUUUAUUGGGGCGUCGAUGAAGCUGGACCGCAAAACGCUCAAGGCCAUGACGGAUGGCCUCUCUCCUGGGGACCUAUCGUACUACUACUCGGCCAGCGAGACAAAGGUGCAGCCCCAGAACGAGGUUGAGGCCACGCUGCAGACUCUUGUGUGCGAUAUCCUGGGCCUCAAGCCCGAAGAGGUCGGACGCAACGAUGAGUUCCUCCAGAUCGGAGGUGACUCGCUGACCGCCAUCAAACUGGCCUCCAAGGCCCAGGAACACAAUCUCGGCCUGACGGUCGCCACCAUCUUCAAGGACUCGCGUCUGUCUGCCCUGGCCUUGGCCACCACAGGCGGCACCCAGUACCAGACCUUGGACGUGGCGCCGUUUGAGUUGCUCGACUCGCCCGACGAGAUCGAGGUCAUUGCGCGUGAGGUGCAGAAGCAGGGCAACCUGCCCACGCUGCCGGCACUGGAAGACGCGUUCCCCACGCAUACGACGCAGGCUGCCUUUGUCAAGACAACCACCAAGGGCCCUGGGCUCUUCAUGGCCGCCCGCGUCUGGCGUCUGCCCGAUCACGUCGACGUGGCCCGUUUCAGGGCAGCCUGGGAGGCGCUGGUGCAGCACUUCCCCAUCUUGCGCACCCGCAUCGUCCUGGUCGAUGGCGUGGCCAAGCAAGCCGUCCUCAAGGGUCCCUGUGAGUGGGAAGACGUCUCUGGGCACAAGACGGUGCGGUCCUACGUCGCCUCGCGCUUCCCUCCCAACGAGGGCAUGAACAUGACCUACGGCUCGCCUCUCUCCCGCCAGGCGAUUGUGCGUGACGAUGGCCACGACUACUGUGUCUGGAUCCACCACCACGCCGUCUGCGAUGGCUGGACCAUGGGUCUCGUCGUCACCGCCAUGCACCAGUUCUACUAUGGCGUGCCACCGCUGACCCUGCAGCCGUAUGCUGGCUUCGUCCGCUUCUCGCGCGGCAUCGACAUGGACGCGGCGGCCCAGUACUGGACCAAGCAACUUGAGGGUGCGCAGGAGACCAUCUGGCCCAACCCACCGCCCGCAGGGACACCGACCACGGGCGUCACGGCCAUGUUGCGUCGCUGCUUCUCGCUGCCUGCUCGCCCGGACUCCACCGUCACUACUGCCACGCUCAUGACGGGUGCCUGGUCCAUUGCCCUCGGUAUCAACCUCCAGAGAGAUGACGUCCUGUUCACGCACACGUCGUCCGGUCGUCAGGCACCCCUACGUGGUCUCGAGUCCGUCGCCGGUCUGACCACCGCACGUGUGCCCGUACGCGUGCGCCUGCCCAAGGACCAGUCCGUCACCGAGUAUCUCGCGAAUCUGCAGCUCAUGGCGGCCGAAGGCGUUCCCCACGAGCACUUUGGCACAGACAAGCUCGCCGAGCUGUGCCCCGAAGUCGCCUCGACGCUGACGCACCCGACGAACCGCAUCGCGCUGCAGCCAGCCAAGGCGGACUCGUCCAACGCAGACCAGUCCUCCGCCACGGACGCCAUCAUCGUCAGCGACGAGGCCAAGUUCUCGUCGGUGGAGAUGGCGGACGGAUACACGCAGACGCUGAUCGCGGUGCAGUGCAUGCUCGGCGAGGAGGAGUACGACUGGCGCACGACGUACAACAAACUGUGCGUGGGGCCCGAGGAGAUCAACAGGCUGUAUGACCAGCUGGAGGGCAUCCUGAUGCGGUUGUGCGAGGAGCCUGAUGCCAAGCUGGGCUCUUUCUUUAUUUCUGAGUAGAUGGGU